AUGGUCGCCUCCACCAGAGUGCUCCCCGAAGGGGCUGGCUGGGCUGUAGUUUGCGGUCUUGGCUUCUUCUUCGCGGCCUUUAUGAUCGUGCUCUCUUUCAUUCAACAACGCUACACGAACCGUUCCAUCAAGGACACGGACGAAUUUGCCUCGGCUUCUCGAUCCGUCAAGCCUGGCCUUGUCGCCGCGGGUAUCUGCUCGGCUUGGACAUGGUCAUCCACGCUCCUUCAGUCCACUGCUGUGACUUAUCGACUCGGCGUCAGCGGUGGCUACUGGUACGCUGGUGGUGCGACGAUACAAAUCUUGCUGUGCUCCAUCAUGGCAUGUAUGAUCAAGCUCAACGCUCCGUUUUGUAGCACGUUCCUCGAAGUGUUGAGAGUACGAUGGGGUAAGACGCUGCACUGCGUUUUUCUUUUCUUCGCGCUUGCAACCAACUUGCUCGUCUCCUCACAGCUCGUGGUUGGAGGAUCUGCUGUAGCUGGUACACUCACCGGCAUCCCCGUGCUUGCUGCCAUCUGGCUCAUCCCUCUCGGAGUAGCGUGCUAUGUUCUGGUUGGAGGUAUGCGCGCGACCUUACUUGCCGACUACACACACACCGUGGGACUUUUGAUCAUUAUCUUCUUUUUCUUCUUCAAAGUCUGGGUCACGUCUCCCGAAAUCGGAAGCGUUUCCAAGAUGGUGACACUUCUUCAAGCAUCAAACGACAUUCCUCACAACGCAUCGUCCAGUCCUCUCACCUUCCUGUCUCAAAGCGGGCUUGUGUUUGGAAUCAUUAAUGUCAUCGGAAAUCUUGGCACGGUGUUCUGCGAUCAGAGCUAUCACCAGCGUUCCAUUGCCUCGAACCCGGCCACGGCAGCUCGAGCUUUCCUUCUCGGAGGAUCGGCGUGGUUUGCCAUCCCUUUCCUCUUCUCGAUGACCAUGGGCCUGAGUGCACGCGCUCUCAUGUACUCUGGAAAUCCGUUGAUGCCACUUCUGACCGAGGCAGAUGUAACCGCAGGUCUUGCGGCGCCGGCAUCUGGCGUGGCGCUCGCAGGAAAGGGCGGUGCAGUUGCCGUGCUCAUCAUUCUCUUCCUCGCUGUCACCUCGGCCUCUUCGGCGCAGCAGGUUGCUGUUGCAUCCGUGCUUACUUUCGACGUCUACAAGCCAUACAUUCGUCCCGAGGCAACCAAGCGAGAAAUCUUUCUCAUGAGCCAUGCUGGUGUCAUCAUCUGGGCGUUGGUUAUGUCUCUGUUCGGUACGAUCUUUCAUUACGCCGGCAUUUCACUCGGUUGGCUGUACCUGGCGCAGGGUAUCAUCAUUGCUCCUGCCGUCGUGCCAAUCUUCUGCGGUCUGGUGUGGAAGCGCACCAACAAGACUGCCUGUCUGGUGGGCAUGAUUGUCGGCGUCAUCAGUGGCGUGAUUACUUGGAUCGUCACUGCGGCCACCCUGGAAGGCGAAGUGACGGUCGCCAGCACUGGAAAGGACUACCCUACACUCGCCGGCAACGUCGUUUCGCUGUUCAUGUCGGCCAUCAUCACGCUGAUUGGAAGCUUGAUGCGACCAGAGACCGAGGACCACUUUGUGCUUACGCGCGCCAUCAAUGCUCCCGAAGAUGUUGUUGAACGCAUGAACGCAAACUCUAAGCGCAGCUCGUCUGGCUCUCCCGCCUCGCCAAGCACGCCUUUUGAAGAAAAGACGGCGUUUGACAGCGAAAAGACGGCCCCCUCUGUAGGUGCGGUGCCUUAUACCACCGAGACAAUCGACUACGUCAAAGCUGCCGGACUCGACGCUAACGAGCUCAGAAAGACACUCCGAUUGACAAGCUGGAUCAGCGUCAUCGCUUCUUUCGUUUUGUGCGUUCUGAUCCCUGCCUGCCUUGCUUCGCGUCGCGUCUGGAACGCGACCGGUCUCGCCGCUUACAUCUGGAUUGGCUUUAUCUGGCUUGUAUGGACAACGCUCGCUGUUGGUGUCUUGCCCAUCUGGGAGUCGAGACACGAGCUGGCGGCUAUUCUGCGCGGUAUCGGAAAGGAUCUUUCGGGCAAGAACGGAAAGUAUGAGGAAACUAGCGAGAAGGCUGCGUUGUCGUAA